CUAAAGGAUGUCGGUGACUGUUUAAGCUCCUGGCGGCGGAGAGGAGAGGAGAGGAGAGGAGAGGCAGGCGCACACGCAAUAGGAGCCACCCGGCUGCUUGUCUCAUUCUCCGCAGCGGGAUUUUUGUUCUCAUUUUCUCGUCGAUCGAUCUCUCCUCUCUCUCUCUCUCUCUCUCUCUCUCUCAAAAAGAGAUUCGAGGGAAUCGCUGAUACCUUCGAGGCUUCGCCCCCAUCGAUUUCACCGUCUCCUUGCUCCCCCGCAUCUCCUAGGGCCUUUUGGCGAUCGAGGUAAGGGAUGAUGGAAGGGGAUAGCUUCUCCGGGUUCGGCAACGGAAGUCAAGUCGACGGCAAGGUCUUCGCGACCUUCCAAAAGAGCUUCCUCCAGGUGCAGAGCAUCUUGGACCAGAACAGGCUGUUGAUCAACGAGAUCAAUCAGAACCACGAGUCCAAAAUCCCCGACAACCUCACCCGCAACGUCAGCCUAAUUCGCGAGCUCAACAACAACAUACGACGCGUCGUCGACCUCUACGCCGACCUCUCCCUCUCCUUCACCAGGUCCAUGGACGCUUCCUCGGAAGGGGACUCCGAAGGGAAGUCCGGCCACAAGAGGAACAGACCUCUGUAAUUAGCAAUCAAACAAUUAGUCGAGAGAAACCGAGAGAGAGAUAGAGAGAGAGGAGAGAGUGUCACAGAUUACACAAGUUAGGAUUCAGAAUUGUGCAAGUUUGGAGGUGAGAGGAGGAGACCAAGUAACUCGCAGAGCAAAAUAACAGAUGAUUUUACCUGCAUUGUAGUAAUUAAUCAUCAUGUCAUUGCUGCACUGGAAAGCUAUCAACAUGUGUGUGUUCCAAAUUUACUAAUGUUUUCUGCAUGGUGUUUUUGUGCUCGGUUGUUGCUGAUAAUUUCAUUGUCAUGAUAUCAAAGCUUUUAUUCUGCA